UGUUAGGCAACCAGCAAUACAGCGGUGAAAAAAUAAAUCUAUGUUACUAGAGUAUAAGUGUUUCAUUUAUUAGUUAUUACGCUCAAAGUGACGCAGAAUGUGUAUAAUAAAUGACAACAUACCGUGCGUUUUGUAACAUAACGCAAAUAAGGCAAUACAGUGACUUGUCAUGACGAAAAUUCGUUCAUCGGAUGAAAUCGCUUUCGUGUUACGUCAUGCAACAGGUGAAUGAAAGGAUGUCAAAACAGUUCUAGAUCAAAGCCAACUAACGUGGAAUAUCAACCACGGUAAACCUGAAUCCCAAGUUUGCCGACUUCUGUAGUAAAGAAUGGGACAGUUAGGUAAUCAAAUUGCCAAAACUUGCUCAUUUUACGCAGUUAGUAAAAAUGCAGAAAUAUAUUUCAAUAUCAGUUGUACUAAUUCUGAAAAAAAAGCUGCUACUUAAGCAUGGCAGGGGUUAUCAAACCACUAUCGCAAAAAUGUUUAAACGUUAAUUGUAGAAACCAAGAGAAAUAUCUUUCCAAGUGAGUUAGUACUACUUAAACAACACAACAUUUUGAUUUGUGUUAUUUAUAAACACACGUUAAGUUCGCUUUCAGUUGCAACCAAAGAAAAUCGAUAAAGCGUAACCUCGACCUAUCCAGCCACGUAAUUCAAUAAAACACCCCCUUACAUCAGAAAAUUAAUUUAGUUCAACUUCAGUAGCGAUGCCGUUGCCAGCUAAAAAAACCCCAAACGACCCCAAUUACUACCCUAACUGCGACGCCAACGUAUGGUUGCGUUCGUGCGAGCGCGAACUCGUCGAACCCAUCAAAGGUACCAUCACCGGUACCAUACCCCCAUGGUUGCAAGGUUCGCUACUCCGUAAUGGUCCCGGGAGCAUCAAAGUCGGCAAGGAUUUUUUCGAUCAUUUGUUUGACAGUUCUGCUUUACUCCACCGUUUUUGCAUUGAAAACGGAGGCGUGUCGUACCAGUGUCGCUUUCUCCAAUCAGAAGUGUUCAAGACGAACAAAGCAGCCAAUAGGAUUGUUUUAACUGAGUUUGGUACGACGGCGGUACCCGAUCCUUGUCGAACGAUUUUUCAAAGAGUGGCUGCCAUUUUUAACCCGAAGAGUAAACACACGUCGGAUAAUUCGAUGAUUUCGGUUUAUCCGUUCGGGGAUGAAGUGUAUGCGUUCGGGGAAAUGCCUGUGAUUCAUAGGGUUAAUCAGACGAGCUUGGAAACGGAAGGGAGGGUGGAUGUUAGUGAUUUUGUUUCUAUAGUGCAUCACACUUCACAUCCCCAUGUUGUCGCGAAAUCUGUGUACAAUAUGGCGCUGUCGUUUUUUCCUACCGGUCCGCAUCACGUCAUAGUUCAUUUCCCGCCGAAAACGCAAGGUGUGGGGGAGUCGAGCGACAUGUUUACGCAAGCCAAGAUAGUUGCAGGGAUUCCAGCAAAGUGGCCUCUGCAUCCAUCAUACAUGCACACGUUUGGUGUAACAGAUAACUACUUUAUCUUAGUGGAGCAACCACUGGCGGUUUCUAUUGGUGGUAUGUUAGCCGCUAAAGUAGCAAAUCGGCCUAUGGCCAGCUGCUUCCGGUGGUACCAACACGAAAAAACCCGGAUUAACCUAAUAAGUAGGAAAACGGGAAAUUUGGCGUACAAAUUCUGCGCCGACGCUUUUUUUUAUCUCCAUAUUAUAAACCAGUACGAAGAAUCUGAUCACGUGGUGCUCGACAUUUGCACCUAUCGCGACCCCGCCAUGUUGGACUGCAUGUACAUCAGUGCUAUGAAGAACAUGCAACAUAACCAACGCUAUGCGGAGAUGUUCCGGUCCAAACCUCUUCGUUUCGUGCUUCCACUAAAACCACCCAAAACCCAUUCGAACCUUGUACGACUACCAAACACCAAAGCCGAAGCCUACUAUCUCCAAGACGAGAUCUUAGUUAAACCAGAAAAACUGGCAGAUUUGGGCUGCGAAACUCCUCGAAUCAACUACGACCAAUAUUUAGGGAGAAAGUAUAGGUACUUUUACGCCAUCAGCGCCGAUGUGGAUGCGCCCAACCCCGGAACUAUAAUCAAGGUCGAUACUGUCACGAAGACUUGGAAAACGUGGUGCGAGGAUAACUGCUACCCCAGCGAACCUGUCUUCGUGCCGCGUCCUAACAGCCAGUUUGAAGAUGAUGGGGUUGUUUUGGCGUCGAUGGUUUGGGGAGGAGAUGACACCAACAGAGUUGGUCUUUUGAUUCUUGACGCUGCGACGUUUGAGGAAGUAGGGAGGGCUGAGUUUGAUACUCCUGGACCAGCCCCAAAGUGUCUACAUGGAUGGUUUUUACCAAAAGAUAAAGUUUAGGGUUUGCUGUCUCGGAACAUAAAAUUUGUGUACUAUUUCCUUGGAAUUUUUUAAAUAAAAACUUGCAGAUAUCUUUA